AUGACCUCCGCUCCGGCCACAAUCCUCGGCUGGAUGUCCAACAUAGCAAGUGGUUCUAAAGCGUGGCCAACUUACUCCUCUACCGAACUUCGAGCAUCUCCAUCUCUCUCCGACAUGCAGCGUCAACCAUAUUAUCGCACUCACUCGCAUAUGAGCGCCACCUCCGAGCGUCGAGCUCAGAGGAACCGCGAGCGGGAUCCAUCGUGGGUCCCGCGACCCCCGAAUGCCUUCAUCAUCUUCCGCUCUGAGUACUCGCGCAAGCACGCGCAGGCCAACCGAAACAACCCACCGACACCUGAAAAGACGCUCUCCAAGAGAGCUGCCGAGGCCUGGAAGGCGCUCUCUGUUCAGGAGAAGGCGCCGUAUAAGGAGAAGGCGGAGCAGGAGCGUCUAGACCAUGCGGAGAAGCACCCCCACUACAGGUACAAGCCACGCAGACGCCAGAGCGACGGCCAGCAGGAGACCGUCGCGAUCUCCAGGCGUGAGCAGGUCGAGUCGCUUGUGCGCCGUACCGCGACCAGAUCGGAAGGCCACUCUUCCGAGUCGGAGUCCGCGAGCGACUACACGUCGGCUUCCAGCCCAGCCUUCCUAUACCUGUCGGGGGCGAGCGCGGCCUGGCAACGGCCGAGUGUGCCCACGGGUGUGAAGAUGGAGUCGUUCGCGGAUUCUCUAUCGCCAUACGACCUCAGUCCGUUUGCGUGGCCCAUCGAGCCCCUGGAUGCCGGGUUCAACCUCUGGUCGAGUGACCCGAGCGCCGGGUUUGCAUCGCCUUCGACGUCGUCGGUACACAGCGCCCCAGACGCGUUUACAUUCGAUACCUCUGACAUCAAGAAUGAGGAUAUUGCGAUCCCGCAACUGGCACGUCCACCAACGUCCACAUCGGCCGUCAGUAGCUCUGUACCCACAUCGACAAGCCCCCUUCUGCGACGGCGGAGGGCUGCGACGGCUUCUGGCGCGUUUCCAUCUCCGCUCACCAUGGUGACUUCGUCGCUCUCCGGGUGGAACACUAUGCCGGUUCCUACCGUCACCGUCUCAGGGGUGGAUCCUACAGCAGAGUCGCCCGCAGAAGCCCGCGUGCCCACGCAGACGUACGUACCGCCCAAUACCAUGCAGUCGUGGCCGAACGAGGCAUUCGUCCCCGCCGGCGCGCUUGCUACGCCCGUCGGCGAAGUCGACUUCGAUCGCACCCCGAGGUCGUCCGAGUUCCCGGUGAACGCGCGACCGAGACCGACGAGCGUCGCUGCGAACACCUACAGCGGCAUCCAGGCGGACAUCGAAUCUUACACGAUGGGGCUGACCGAGCUAGGCAUCGAGCCAGGUAACUAUAGCAUGUCGCCCUUUGGAAACCUCGACAUCAACGAGUUCUUCAAUUUCGACGCGGACGUCGCCGCGCAGGGAUAAAAAAAGACUGAGCCGGAGGCGUCUUCGCGCGGACUAGACGUGGCUGUAUCCACGCUGUUUCACGAUUUUGUUACGCAGAUUAACGGGUGACACGACGUUACGAG